AUGAAUGGAAACAAAGAGACUGCGGAGAUGAAGUUUUGCGCUUCGAAAUUAAGCCAAGCCAACAGCAAAGGUCAGUAUGCCCUCGGCAGUCGCACCGACUUGCUACACAUUCGGGUAUCGUCGAGUAACACUGACGACCCAUUGAUUCUUCAAGACUCCAAUGGACGAUUGGCAGCUAGGGCAGGUGGCCCAGGCUGGCAAAGCAAAGACCUUUGUACACAAUGUCAAUCCGUCAAUCUGACCCAGAUAUGUUCGAAGGGUAGUCUCUACGGAACUGGCGGUACUGACGUCUUCCUACAUAUUUCUGAGACUUCCACAUGCCCUUCGUGCCGGUUCCUCACUUCACAGUUGCAUCGAAAGGAUAAUGUUGCUAAAUCGCAAGAUCCAAUAACAGUGCAACUCAACAGGUCCAUCUUUGAUGGAAUAGAUCACGUUGUUAUGCGACUCAAUAACGAAUUGGAAUAUAUUCUACCGAUAACUGAUAAGAAUAUGCUUGGGGCGCCAGGCAGGAUUGGGCAGCAUCGACAGAUCCCCAAGUUCAGGCUACUGGACUGCAAGACCAAGACUGUGGUGGAGUUGACGGUGUUUGUUGAAUAUGUUGCCCUCAGUUAUGUAUGGGGUUCCUCGUCUAAUCUCCACGAAAGCGAUCGAGCCAUCAUGGCCAAGGCCGUGAUCAAAGACGCCAUUUAUGUCACAAUACAGCUCGGAUUUCGAUAUAUAUGGAUUGACCAGCUGUGUAUUGAUCAAACGAACACACAAGACAUGAACUGCCAGUUGGGUCAGAUGAAUACUAUCUACAACCAAGCAAGUGUCACCAUAAUAGCUGCCGCGGGUGAGAGUUCAUUACAUGGUUUACCUGGUGUAGGGCAAUGCCCUCGUACGAUUCCAAACAACUUCAUCCUCGACGGAACGACGUGGAGAUACAAGCCCAUAUCGUUUGCAAAUCACGUGGGCGCCUCAAGAUGGUCAACUAGGGGUUGGACAUACCAGGAAGCAGUCUUCUCCCGCAGGUGCGUCAUCUUUGCUGAUGACCAGGUCUUCUACCAAUGUGGAAGCAUGACUUGUGCCGAGGAAUUGAUACAUGACUUUGAAAGCUGUGAACGUGUGGUUUUCCCCAUCUUUGAGCGUAUUUUAUACCAAGACUCAGAUAGCAGGGUAUAUUUACCAAGUAGUUGGAGAUUCAUGACAAACUUGGAGGCUUACUCCAAGCGCGAACUUACAUACGACUCCGACGUGCUGAGAGCAAUGGAGGGAAUUUUUGGCUUUUAUGCCCAGCUAGAACCACCAGUAGAACAAUACUGGGGUCUGCCACAUAGGUGGGUUGGCUGUCAACUCUCAAACCUGUAUAGGAAAGAUGUUUACCACGUUGCAAAAUCGAAGCAUAAUGAUGUCGUGGUCGCUAUUCUCUGGGCAAUGCUAUGGGAGCCACGGUGGAGUGAAAUACAGAUUCCAGAGUCUGGACUUGCCAGGAGGGACGGUUUUCCGACAUGGUCAUGGUCUGGCUGGAAAGUCGGAGUGAGAUGGAACUUCCUGGAGAAUGUGAAGCAUUUAGAAAGGAGCUUCACAGCGCCUUUGUUUGCGGAAACAACAGCAGGAACACUUGUGGAACUCAAUGACACGCUUGCACGGUCGCUCACUUCCGGUCAAUCUUACCCGACUUUGGGGUUGACCUAUAUCUUGAGAAUCACUACCAAGGUUUUCGAUGUGCCUUUCAUGGAACUCGCGCCCUAUAGGCCCACGAGAACCUGGGCAAAGAGCAAUUCAUUUCCUACCAGACGCAAAAGCCAGCACUGGGUCACCAUGGAUGAUCAAUCCCUUGAAGGCAGAUGGACUCAUUUUGUUGUUCAAAAGAACAUUGAGACGCCUGGAAGAGGGAUUGUGUGGUCGCUUGAUCUUACAAGUGGUGGGGCGACAAGUGCUUCACACCUCGCUUUCGGUACCGACACGAUCAGCCUCAAUCCCAUGACAGUCCGAUGUAUAGUCAUCAGUUACGAUUAUGGGAUGAUUGUGCAGUCUAGCAAUGGCAUCUUCAAGCGAGUCGGGCUGUUGCGUUUCGAGGGCCAGUUCUUCGAGAAUGGCUUAGUAAGUACUGAUGAAUACGGUCAUCGCGACGAUACCGUAACAUGGCCGUGGACCGACUCGGUACAGAGCAGAGAUCUCAGAGACCACUUUCCAAGUGUUGAACGAACUGUGCGUUUAGACUAG